AGCUAUCAGUUGGAUCAUCAACGGUGCGUUCGAUAAUCGAAGAUGAACUACUGUUUUUCUUAACGAACGAGACCAAAAAAGAGUUACAAAAAACCUACCAAAAAAAUAAGUAGCUCAGAAGGUUACAAGUAGUUUAAAUAAAUAUCUCUUAAUCAGAAGAAAUUGAGGUUAAGUUUCAAAUGUUUAAAAUUUUACAAAAUUUAACAUGAAUUCUUUACGGCAACUUCUAUCAAAAAACCACAUAACAUCUACCCUGUGUCGGACUUUUUCUGCUGUUACCUCUGCAGGUUCAGAUGUUUCUGCAAAUGUUCCUGAUAAAUUAUAUAAAGUAGUAGAGUUAGAACUUAGAGGCAAUGAUCCCGCUGUCUUGAAAAGCUUUUCUAAGUUUGCAGUAACUACAGGAAACCACUUAGAUAUCGACACCAAGUCGUGGACACUACGAAAACCCAACCAUGAAAGGUAUACAGUCUUAAAAUCUGUACAUAUUUAUAAGAAACACAGAGUGCAAUAUGAAUAUAGGACAUAUUACUCCUUCGUGCAAUUCAAACAUUUGACGGGUUCAACAGCAGACACUGUUUUGGAAUAUAUAGAGAGGAAUUUGCCUGAAGGGGUUGCCUUAAAAGCUACUAAGGUUGAAAUUCAACAAAUACCUGAAUAUUUAGUGCCACCAGAGGAAGCAAAAGGGAAGAAUCAGGAUGCCAUAUAAAUUUAUUUAAUAAUUUAGAAUUAGUUUUAGUAAAAAUAAAAAAAUA